AUGUCCGAUCCUAGUUCUAUUAACGGUGGUAUUGUAGUUGCAAUGACGGGUAAAGAUUGUGUGGCCAUAGCCUGCGAUUUGCGUCUGGGAAGCCAGUCAUUGGGUGUGUCGAACAAAUUUGAGAAAAUCUUCCACUAUGGGCACGUCUUCUUAGGGAUUACUGGUCUGGCUACUGACGUAACUACGCUAAACGAAAUGUUCCGCUACAAGACAAACCUAUACAAGCUGAGGGAAGAAAGAGCCAUUGAGCCGGAAACUUUCACUCAAUUGGUGUCCAGUUCGCUUUAUGAAAGAAGAUUUGGUCCAUAUUUCGUGGGCCCAGUGGUGGCAGGUAUUAAUUCCAAAUCCGGGAAGCCCUUUAUUGCCGGUUUCGACCUGAUCGGCUGUAUUGACGAGGCCAAAGAUUUCAUUGUCAGCGGCACUGCAUCUGAUCAGCUGUUCGGUAUGUGCGAGUCCCUGUACGAGCCAAACCUGGAGUCAGAAGACCUUUUCGAAACCAUAAGUCAAGCGCUACUGAACGCUGCCGACCGUGACGCACUUUCAGGCUGGGGGGCUGCGGUAUACAUCAUCAAGAAGGACAAGGUGGUGAAGAGAUAUUUGAAGAUGAGACAAGAUUAA